GACGACAACUCGGCCGUGAGACAUCCGUGGAAGUUACAAGAUCUGCAAAGCCUGAUUCCUUUGAUUUCCUUGGCUACUGCAAAAUUACGAGGACUUGGUGGCCGCGCAUUCCGUGUACUUCGAAGAAGUACUAGAACGACGGAGGAUGUGCGCGGUGAAGUUACAGGUGUGGUCGUGCCUGUGCUGGCUGGCCUGACAGGCUGGCUGGCCCUAAUGUAUUCCAUCCAGCACUCCAUCGUGACGGUGCCUUUCCUCACGGGAGCGCAGUAUGAAUACUUUCCCAUUGUGGCCACCUUCGUGGCAGGCUACACUGUCAUCGUGCUGGAGGAACAGACUGAGAUCAACAAGGUCCUUUUGGAUCUAUGGGAAAUGCUGACAGUAGUUCAUAUCGAGCACGUCGGGAGAAGGUGCACGUACAGCUCCUUGAGAGGUCCCGCUCCAGCCAGAGCAACCUCCGUCGACUCCCUUGGCUGUUUGCCUGGGAUCCUUGCGCUCGGAGUGCAUUCUGCGCGAGCGACGCGUGCGAGGCGUGCGAGGGCAACGCCAAGCAUGCGAAAGACAAAAAUUCGUGCCGACGCAAAGGAGGAGCAUCUGCCGAGAUGCGUGGUCUUCGACCUGGAUGGCUGUUUGUGGUAUCCGGAAAUGUAUGAGCUGUCAUGGCAAGGCGGUGGUGCUCCAUUCAGCCGUGACGAUUUAGGAAAGAUACGUGACCGUCGAGGGAAUGCAAUUCGUUUGCACAGUGGGGUGGAUGCCGCACUGACUGAACUAGCGACGGAUCCAAAGUGGCGUGGGGUGGUUGUUGCUGUUGCGAGCUGUUGUGAUGUGCCACCUUGGGCACACGAACUCCUUGGAAAGUUUGAAUUCGGGCCAGACCGAAAAAGACUUGCAAGCAUCAUCGAAGUGCGCCAGAUUCACAAGGGCUCGAAGCAAACUCAUUUUCGAGAGAUUUGCGGAAUGGUCGGUUGUGACUUCGACGAGAUGAUCUUCUUCGACAACGAGAAGUACAAUUGCGAUGAAGUAAGUCGAUUGGGCUCUGUGCUCGGUUGGACCAGUGUCACAUGCAUUUACUAUCCUGAUGGCGUCACCUCUACCUCUUGGGUGAAGGGAAUAAAGGCUUUUCCAGCGCUGGGUGAAGCAGCCACUGCGCUCAUCUUAGGUGUACUGGUGUGGGCCUUGGUGGGCACAGGGGUGGACAUGACAGCGUCUGCUUUCGACGUCGCCAUCAAGGAGACGUUGGAAGAUGUCUCAGAGGUUGUCUUCUUUCUUCUGGGUGCUUUGACCAUUGUGGAGAUCAUGGAUGCACAUAAAGGGUUCGACAUUAUCACAAAGCUCAUCCAAGCAAAGACUCAGCGCGAGCUGCUGGUCAUCGUGUCAGUUCUGACCUUCGUGCUGUCGUCAGUGCUCAACAACCUCACUGUGGUCAUUGUCAUGGUGUCUCUUCUGCAAAAGCUGGUGAAGGAUGAAGAUUUUCGGAUGAGGCUUGGUGGAGUCGUUGUGGUGGCAUCCAAUGCUGGUGGAGCCUGGACGCCCAUUGGUGACAUCACAACUACUAUGCUCUACAUUGGCGGCCAGGUGACUACCGUACCGCUGCUGGCAAAUCUGUUCAUCCCAAGCGUUCUUUGCUUGAUUGGCACAGUGGGCUUUGAGCUAACCCGAAUGGACGACAAGCCCUUCGAGCGAACACCAUCCAGUCCUGGGGAUGACGAGAUACCGAACGGUCAGGCAGUGGUGUUCUGGGGGGGUCUGAUCGGCAUGAUCACAGUUCCGGCAUUCACCGCCAUCACCCAAUGCCCAGCUUGGAGUGGGAUGAUGCUCGUCUUGGGCCUCCUGGGCUUGAUCACAUCCCUGUUGCACGAGCCGGACGACAACCGCUACUCACUGAAGGGUGCUCUCACUCGUGUUGAGGUGCCUGAUGCUUUGUUCUUUUUGGGUGUUCUCUUCGCCGUUGGUGGCCUUGAACGAGUCGGGCUCCUGAAGGAGUUUGCCAUCCAGCUGAGUAACCUGGUGCCCUCUGACGCCUUGGUCGCCAUUUUCCUGGGUUUUGCUUCUGCUGUGGUGGACAAUGUGCCGCUGGUUGCAGCUGCGCAGGGCAUGUACGACAUUUCGGUGCACCCUGCAAAUGACAGCCUGUGGAACCUGAUCACGUACUGUGCAGCCACUGGGGGUUCGCUGUUAGUUAUUGGCUCUGCCGCAGGUGUUGCCUUCAUGGGCAUGGAGAGGAAUGUUUCCUUUGGAUGGUACGCCAAAAGCGUGGCUCCUGCAGCACUUGUGGGCUACUUCCUGGGUGUUGCCGGAGUGUUGGGCCAGCAGGCUCUUGGACUGAGUGUGGCAUAG